GUAUCCCAAAAAGGGUACACUCUAUCUAAAUAAGGCUUUCCUUCCAUAAAACUAUCAAUCCGUAACCCUAUUUCUGGACUCGCACUAUGAGCAAAGCAGAGGGUCCCCGGCUUCUGCUGCACAACGAGGGGCGAAAUAACGAUCUCGACGAUGAUUUGCCAGCAUACAAACCAAAUAAACCUAAAUCGAAACGUGCUCGAGGUAGCUUGCCGUCUUAUGACGAAGCUGCCGAACCCAGCUGGUCCUUAGUGGAUCACCCUCCAUGCGCCCACUUAUCGGAGAGCGGCUGCAUGAUGAUUGCUAAGAGCAAUCUUUGCUGUGCUUGUAUGGAUAAUCGACCAUUGUCAGAGUCUGGACUAUAUCCGAUGUAUGUUGAUGGUGAGGGCUGGGUUGAGAGGGCUCAGAAAUGGCAGUUUUAUUGCCCUAACUGCCAAGAGUACUUCGACCCGGACGCAAAGAGAAAACAACUGCGAGAUCAAUGCAUGUGGGCGGAAGCGCGUGCUCAGUCUUUAGCUGACGAGCGGGACAAGAAGUAUUUCGGCCUCGGGCGCUGGAUCCAUCUCUGUAGUGAGACGGUGAAGAAGUGCUUCUCAGAGUAAUCCAUCGCAGCAUAACGUCGUCGUCUCAAUGGUGGCUUGGGCACCCGCAGUUGUAUCAAUGCGGAAUCUAUUGUACGUCAAGAAAGAGGGAGAAGAACGCACAGUGAAAGUACAUCACUUCAAAUAUUUCAUAUGGAAUGUUUUAAUACCCACGUGUUGUACUUAUUUAUAUAUAGGAGUUUCUAAUAUACCCAUACGUCUGG